UGGCCGGCGACUCAUGCGCGGUUUGACUUCAUGUAAAACGCGGGAAAAGAAACAUAUUAUUUCGAGUCGCACGUAACCUGCGUCCUGCGACGGAUUUGUAUACUUUAACAACUAUUUUAUACUUAUAAAAACAUUUGAUUUGAUAACUGCACAUUUAUACUUAUUCUCUUACGUCGUUGUGUUUCGAAUCCGUGUAUGCAUAAUGUGUUACUCCUUCAAUGAGCGUGUUCGUACAAUGUCGAGUAUAGGUUAGACCUGUACUUAUUUGUAUGAUACGCAAAGAGUUUUGUUACGACGUUUUGAAGUGAUAUUCUGAGUUGUUGUUUGAAUCUUUGAUUCUUGAACAAUGGAAGGUGAUACUAAUCAGACAGCUUUCGACGUUAAUGUCUACUUCGUUGUGCCCAGUCAAUAUGAGAGUGAAAAAGAGUGUAAUGAGGAUAUGUGGGAUGCAUAUAAUAAAUGCCCAGACUGGGACAUUAGUCCUGAGUGGAUUAGUGAAAAGAGAUGCCUUAAGAUGAAGCCUGAAAAGAAAGAUGUCUUUGUCAUGGAAACAUUUUCAGGAGAAACGUUUGAAAAGCUGCAAGAAUUUAAGUGCACGAUUAUUGGUCCACGUUGCUUAUUAUCUUGCUUUUUAACUGGUGAACCAAUUCCAGAAGGUUUAACUCCCAUUUUUAAUACUGCUAUGAGGGGCAUUGUUGUUAGUCCAUCUGGAUUCAAUGCAGCCAUAAAGAGUAAAAUACAAAAAAGAGUUGAGUACAUGGGUGGUAUAUUUACACGUCAGUUGAGAGGAAGUGUAACUCAUUUAGUUACAGACACUGUCAUAUCUGCAAAAUAUGAGCGUGCUGUUGAAAUAGGCAUAAAAAUUGUUACAAUUGAUUGGGUUGAAUCUGUAUGGAUUACAAAUUUAAAAGACAAUAUACCUGCAUCUGAUAAAGUAUAUGAUAAAUAUAAGUGCCCAGUAUUUUUGAACCUUAUUGUAACAUCUACAAAUCUUCCAAAACACAAAAAAGAAGAGGUUAAAAGAUUAGUAAACAGUCAUGGUGGAGAAUUUAUGGGUGUAUUAGAUGGCUCAAAAAUAAAAAUUGUAAUUACACUAGAAACAAGUAAAUUAAGUGAUAAAUUGAAAUAUGCCAUGCAAAACAACAUUCCUUGUUUAAAAGUAGAAUGGAUAUAUGAAAGUAUAGAAGCUGGUUACUCAUUACCCAUCACUAAUUAUCAAAUAAAAUCUACUCAAGCAUGCUCUACUCCAGAGAAAUCUACCGUCAAUGAGCCAUUGAACUUUUCUACAAUAAGUUUAAUACCUGGUGACAACCCCAACUUUGUGGAUGAGACAUUAGCUUCUGCUACAACAAUGAGUUCUACCAUUAUGAGCUCAACAUUAUCAAGAGAAAGUGUACAGACUGCAGUGCCUAAAACCACUUACAUUACAGUUCUAGAUAGAUUAGAUAUUGCAGAAGCAAAAAAAGCAGGACCUUUUUUAGAUGGAUGCAAUAUUUAUUUAACUGGCUUCUCAUCAAAUUAUAGAGAUAAAUUGAAUAGAAUAUUAAAUGUCGGGAGUGCGACGCGCCUUGACGAAAUAUCAGACGCUUUAACUCAUGUGAUUGUUGGCGACGCAAUGAAAGCCACCCAAGAUUUACGAGUUAUCAAGUCCAAAGGAUUAUAUCCUUAUAUUCUGAAAGUCGAAUGGUUGGAAGAAUGCAUGAAAAUUCAAGCCCCAGCACCCGAAGAAAAUUUUCUUUUCAAUAGUAAAGAUACUACUCAACAAGCUGCUACCGAACCACCAUCUCCAUUGAGUAAAAAAAAUUUACAGUUAUUACAAAGGCCAAAAAUACCAGCUGCUCCACUAUUCGACGAUAGCAAAUUUACGAGAAAACCCGAAAACGAUGAAGCUUCGGAAAUAGUUCAGCAGUAUCUUCAAAAUUCUAAGUCUGAACCAGAUAACAGCCUACGGGAAAUCUUAAAACUACCGAGUACUGAAAAUUUUGAUAAUGAUUAUAAUGCAACAAAAAAUCAGUCGAUCUCCGAGCGCUGGAAUGACACAACCAAAAAAGACAUUCGAAUGACUAUGAAUGCUGAGUCUCGAGACGACAGUGCAAUACCGAUUAGUCAGGAAUCGAUUAUUAGUCAAAAAUUAUUUCGAGGGUUGGUAUUUAUUAUUACUGGAUUUGAUGACGAAGAAUUGAUACAAAUUGUGGGUCAAAUUCAAGAAUUGGGUGGCAGAAUUGUUGAUCGUAAAUAUUCUGGUAUUCCUGAUUACGGCAUUGUACCCAUACUUGGAGCCGAAUUAAAACAUACUGUUGGAGAAAUCGUAACGAAUUUAUUUAUUGAAGAUUGUAUAGAUAACGAGAAGUUGGUAAAUAUUGAGUACUAUCAUACACCUAUAACGAUUGCACAAAAUGUAAAACCAUUGGCCAAUUGUGUAAUAGGCAUGAGCACGUAUGCUGGAGUUGAAAGACGAUAUUUAUCCGAACUAUCAGAAGCUCUUGGAGCCAGAUAUCAAGAUACUUUUGCUCGCAAAACAAAUCUUGUAAAAGAUACUUACAGUAGUACACACUUAAUAUGCCCAAUGCCUCAAGGGGAAAAGUACAACGCAGCAGUAAAAUGGAAACUACCAGCGGUAACAGCCGAGUGGCUUCUUCAAUGCGCUGCUAAAAUGAAACUUGUGAACGAAUCCGAGUACCUUGUAGGCGAAACUAUGGCGCCGGAAAGACCAGAUGUUACCAUUACAAAUGACAAUGCUACAAAGCUGAUGGGACCACCAAAUGGACCUACUCCAAAACGACAUACUCUCUCAAAAUCUGAUACUGGUGAAGACGGAAUGAAAACACCUGUAAUCAACAAAAGGCUAAAUAAUCUUAUAAGUGACAAAACUCCACAAUCACCAUUUCACAUUUCCACACCAGAAACUCCUUAUGGCCAAUUAUUUAAAGAAAAUCCUUCGCCACGAACUCGAAAAGGCUGGGUUAAAUGGAUAGAUCAUUUUCCAGAUAUACCGAUAGAAGAACCUCCGCCAAAAAGAAAACGUAGUACGCCUAUGUCAGAAGUUUUCCGCGAGGCAUGGGAUUACGUUGCGGGGCGGUUUGAUUCAGAAGAGGGUAAUGAAGUUAAAAGUGCUUCUGAGAACGAAAACAAUGCUGUCCAAAAAGCAAAUGGGGCAGAUGACCCUCAAUCUAGUCACAUGGUUACAAAUCGAAAGUUAUCAUUUUCGGAUGAAAACAGUCCGAAUAAAACUCCGAAUAAUCAAGCUGUAAAAUUGCAAUUAGAACAAUUAGAUAAUUUACUUAAAGAAGCAUCUAAUACGCCAGAAACUAGACAAUCACUAAGUUCCGAACGCGCAAAACCAUAUCAGUUAGAAUCAAAUCAUCAGGCAGUAAGAUGUUUGGCAAAAGAAUCUCAACCAGACUCAGUAGGUUGGGAAGAUCCUGUUAAAAGAGUUCCACCACAGAGGCGGUCAACUUUAAAUGAAGAAUCAAUUGAUUUAGAAAAUGAGGAUGAUCUAGAAGACGUACCAUUAGCAUCUAAACAGGAGAGUUCAAAGCCUAAAUUUAUGUUUUCUGGAAUUAAAGAAAAGGCGAUAGCUGAAAAGCUAAUAAAAGAACUGGGUGGAGAAGUUUCAACUGAAUCAUCGUUUGACAUAACUGCUACUCAUUUGCUGUGCCUAAAACCAGCUAGAAACGAAAAAGUACUCGGUAGCAUAGCUUCCGGAAAAUGGGUUCUGCAUUACCUCUACAUAGAAGCAUGUCGCGAUGAAAAAAAAUUUGUAGAUGAAGAAGAAUUCGAAUUAGGGAAUCCGAAAAGUGUAGGAAAGAUACCUGAUCCAAGUAGUGAAAAUGAGAAGAUGAUUAUGUCUGCUGCCCACAGGUGGCGAAUGCGGUUACUUAAAAAUCCUGGUGGAGCUUUUCGCGGUAUGGUUGCUUUAUUAAUCGUUCAACAAGAAAAAAGAGAGCAAUUUGAAAGACUAAUUCAUGCCGGCGGUGGAAUUGUCGUUGAAGCAAAACCACCUUAUGAUAACAGUCCAAAAAGCAAAAAAAUAACCCAUUGCUUUGUGCAACUAAAACAGGUUGAUCAAAAACUGGAAUGGGCAACAAUGGCAAACAAAGGUAUUAUGUGUUUUCCACCUCAGUAUCUGAACGACGCUUUAAUGUCGGAAAAACCGCUAAAUCCUCGUGAAUGCGUACUUCCGGAUUUUCAAAAGUAUCUAGCUCUAUUACCAAAAUAAAAGGAGGAUAAGAGAAUUUUAUUGUGCCUAACGAUGCGAAUGGUAAAUUUUUAUUCUGUACAGUUGAAUACUUGUUGAAAUUUGUCUGACUGCGAAAUUAAGUUAUCAUUGUGUUGUAAGUAUAUGACAGUAAUUUAAAAAGUUCUUUUUUCCUGAUAAAGGAUAAGAAACAAUAAUUUUUAAUCAUGCGAUUGGAGCUCUUUUUAUGUACAAACGUAUGCCGCUGGCGGAAGCCAAAAAUAUAGCUCGAUUGCUUAUCUCGUUUUUGUAAAUUUUAGGGUUAAUUUGACUUUUACUGGUUAAUCAACAUAAUUAGGUCCACCAUAACUUGUAACAUGCCGAUGUGCAUACCUGGCUAACAGAACUACAGUUUAAUUUCACUAUUAUGCAUCAAUAUCUCGAAUAAUCAUUACUAAUACAAACACGUUGCCCACUGCCAAAAGGCCAUGUCGCCAAAAACUUUUAUAUCCUCCUUUAGCUCUUGCUAAGCCUGUCUGGAUCGUAGGUCAUAGGGUCCGCAUAGUAAUCAGGACCAUUGUACAAUCUAUUAAGAGCAACAUAGAUCACAGUUUCCCUUUCAUCAGUGAUAUCGAUUCCCGGAAUCUGUGUAUAUAUAGACAAUAAAUAUAAAGUACUUUAAGUCUUUCCGAUUUUUAUAUGCUGUUACUGCGCACGCGUCGAACUUUUUUUAACUAUUAUCCCUAUAUUUUUACAAAUAUUUUAAUAAAAAAAUAAAGUGCU